GUUAAAUAUUAUGGUUGUCAAAACGAGGUCUAUAGUUUAAAGCUUUGCAUCGGAAGCAAAAAUGUCUCUAUUAGCGAUAAAAUACAAACGUGGACAUCUUGAGAUUCUAAACCAACUUCUCCUUCCUCACAAGUCAGUAUAUGAGGAGAUUAGAGGCGUAGAAGAUGGCUGGCAAGCGAUAAAAGCAAUGAAGGUUAGUUAGGCAAACCAGCUCACAAAUAAUGUUAGCGAAGUGAGCUAAUUUUAAAAUAAUGAGAACCCAUUCAAUUUUCAUUAAUUUAAAACCUUUAUGUUGGGAUAGGUGGCUUUUUUGGAGCAAAAUUAUACGAAUGUUUUUCAAAGGCCGUGAUGUAGACAAGGAUAGCUUUUAUAUGUACUGAUCUCGUUUAGAAGCUAGCGCUAUUUUGUGAAAUCGUAAUAAGGACCUCAAUUGUCCACGUGGACAUCCAGGGUUGCUGACUCAGGGAACGUUUUGGAACGUUGAUACAAGUACGUUUUCACUUCGGCGGCUCGAAAGGUUUUUACGAAGAGUGAAGGUGGAAUACUUCUUAUUUAUUUUAAUGUUUAUUCAAUUCGAAGAAGAAAGUUACCAUCGAAUUUAAUCGUAGCUUCUUGGAAAAAUUGUGCCGAAAGUGCUCAAAUAGUUUGUGAUUUAUGUGUAAAGAGUAGGAAAACAAGCAAACUUGCUCAGUUCCAUGUUAAUCUUGAGGAGACAAUUUCACCCGGCACAAAUCAAGAUAGUUUGCAUCCUUUAAUUUAUGGGAAUAUUUCCCACUUUCUUGUAAACAGUGGAUCAAAACAAACAUCUUCUAUUAAAAAAAUUGCUGAAUCAGCUUCCUUCCUAACCAAGAGAGGUGGAUGGUUAGGAAACGAUGAGGGAAAGAAAAAGGAACAAAUAUUUUUAGGAAUUUGACUUCAUACUGAAGAGCAACAAAAAUUCAAGACCGGUUCGGCUGAUAAAGAUAAAAAGAAGACGAACUCCAAUGGAUCAUUUCCAGAAAUAUAUACUGUAAAUAAAUUGGGUAUACUUGUUCAUUCAGUUCAGGGGAAAGGAUUACAGGGUGAAGUGAGAUGAAGGAAAACUGUUUGUGAACCAUACAUUCCAAAGAGAAAAUCAAAUUCUAUGUUACUGAGAGUCUGUACACAUUUACUUACAAGUGGAUUUGGAUCAAGACUACAGUAAACUAAGCACAGAUGAAGAACAGUUUAUUACAGAUUUAUUGUGUUAGACAGAAUUAUGUUGAACAUAAAGCUCUAGUGAUUUGGAUUGAAACUUAUGCAGUGGACUCAUAAGUGUCUUUGACUCCACUUUUCCCUUUCUCUUUCUCUUUGCAUUGUGGUGCCUGCCUGGUACAACUUUAAAUCCUGAUGAAAUUUAGUUGGUUAUUUUUGUUGUUUAAAAAUGAUCCUGCAUCAGAGCACUGAUAUUGUAAUAUGACUAACAGUCAUAUUUAUGAUCAAGUUACAAUGUGCUAUGGCAAAUUUUUCUAGUGUAUGUGAUGUAUGUUAUAGAGUCAUUUAUUUCAAACUGUGCAUUCAGUAAAUGAGCAUUUGAUUUAGUGAAUACUCAAACCUUUCAGAGAUAUAUGUAUAUUUUAUUGUUCCAGGUUCGUGGAGCUCCUGCAAUUGCUUUGGUUGGUGCCUUGAGUCUUGCAGUAGAGAUUUUACCAAUGUCAUUUAGUUCCAAAGAAGAAGUGGAAAACUUUGUUGCAGAGAAGCUUCAGUAUCUUACCACAGCUCGACCAACAGCUGUAAAUAUUAUGGAAGCUGCAAAGCAUUUGACAUUAUUUGUCAAAGGCUUGUCAUCAAAACUCAGCGAUACUGAAAGUAUCAAGAUAGAACUUAUCAAAGAAAUAGAAGGAAUGCUAGACAAAGAUUUAAGUGAUAACAAGGCUCUUGGAAGGCUUGGUGCAGAGCAUAUGUUACAACUGGUGGGGGCUGACAAGUUAAAGGUGCUCACACACUGCAACACUGGUUCCCUAGCAACGUCAGGAUUUGGGACAGCAUUAGGAGUGAUAAGACAUUUGUCUGAACAAGACCAUAUUGACCAUGUGUUCUGCACUGAGACCAGACCUUAUAACCAAGGAUCAAGGCUUACAGCAUAUGAGUUGGUCUAUGAGAAUAUUCCUUCAACUUUAGUUGCAGAUUCAAUGGUGUCACUACUCAUGAAGACAAAAGGAGUACAUGCAGUUGUUGUUGGUGCUGACAGAGUGGUUUCCAAUGGAGAUACAGCCAAUAAGAUAGGGACAUAUCAGAUUGCUAUAGCUGGUAAAGAAAUGAUAUGCCAGGCAUUGUCUCUUUUCCUUUUUUUUUUUUGAUAUUCAGACUCAUUAGCUCAUUAGGCCCAUACUGAUUAAUAGUAUACAUGAAAAAAAUUAUGUGCUUCUGAUUGGCUGAAAACAAGUGCAAAGUUAUAACACAAGUGCAAAUUACAAAUGCAAGCACUUUCAAAAUUUCAUCUGUCUUGACUUUCUGCAAUGCUUUUUCCAUGUAAAUUAUUAACAAGUAACAACAUGAUUUCUCAAGCAAUUUGGGUUAAAUAAACACUCCUAAAUCUUUCAAAAAUUUACUUGUACUUAUUAACACCAAAUUGCACUUAAUUCUGUGUGCUGCUGAAUUUGUUAUUUCCACUGCAUGGUUUAUAAGGACAGAGUUUUGAUUUCUAUUUAAACAAAGAAAGCAAUUCAUUACCUUUCCCAAACAGUUUUUUGGGAGGGAAUUUUUGAGGGUAAACUGUCUAACCUAAAAAACCCAGUGUUCAAUGACCCAUUAAGAAGCUUGCACCCGGACUGAUAUCUCUAUAGUCUUGUGUACAAAUAGGCAGUGUCUUUGUCCCACAGAUAUUAAAGUUUUUAUAUAAAAUACUGCCAGUCAAUGUUAACAAUAAACUUUCUUUUCUUUUUCAGCUAAACAUCAUGGAAUCCCAUUCUAUGUUGCUGUGCCCUCCACUAGCAUAGACCUGUCCUUAGAACAUGGCAGUGACAUUGUGAUUGAGGAGAGACCUGCAGAAGAACUUACUACUGUAGCAGGUGUUCGCAUUGCUGCUCCUGGCAUUGCUUGCUGGAAUCCAGCUUUUGAUGUGACUCCAGCAGAAUUGAUAACAGGGGGCAUUGUCACUGAACAUGGUGUGUUUAAACCAUCUGAACUAAAGAAGGCACUUUCAGGGAAAACUUAAGUUCGUUUCCUCAUGGAACCGUGACAUAGUGGUUUUUUAUCAUGCACAUAUAGGCAUUGUGUUUCAUAAAAAUAGUUACAUGUAGGUAGGCAAGAACAAAGUCAAACUUUUGGUAAAGGUUUUACUUUCAGUUAGGUUUUCCUUCAUUUAAGUUCUUAUUUGUGUGUACUGAUUUCAACUGUAUCUCUCUGCAGUCUUGGCAUUAGCUACAGUUCUAAAGAAAUCGGUAUUCAGUGGUUUCAUACUCAGUUGUCUCAUAUCCAAAGUAGUCAAAUUGUAUCAAGUUUGAGAGGGUUUGUACUUGAACUGCUUGUCAACUUGUCCCAAUAUACAUAUACAUUCAUUCACAAUACUGUCUAAAUACAAUUUUUAAAAAUUGAGGUUUUGAUAUUAUGAACAAUAGUUUGUAAUGCAAGUUCAUUUAGGAUGGAAAGUAAAGAUAUACAGCCUGUAUGUAUCUGGUGGAAAUACUGUUUGUGUCUUUCUUAUGACUCAUGGACCCUGCUUUUUCAGCCCUAGGCCUUAAUUUCACUGGUUGUAUAUCAAAAAUAGAAAAAUUUCAAAAGUUAUUCAACACAGUUGAUGUUGCUAUUUAAAAUAUUAAACUGACUUUACUUUAACACUUCAACCCUUAAGAGUGACCAGCAUCUAAUUUCUCCCUACAAUAUCACCCCCAAACCAAACAUUCAGGUAAUGAGAAUAAAAGAAAUGGUCACCAACUAGAGAAGCUCUGGAUUAUGAAACAAAUUCUCCUCAUCAGCACCCAAGGGAAUGUAUAGAUAUAUACAGGGAACAGUAUGGAGAAUAUGCAUACUGAUGUUAGGGUGGAAAAGGUUAAGAAUACCUAACAUGGAAACACUUUAUUAGCAUGAGUGCAAACAACUGAACUGAGUGGGUA